AUGUCUAAUGGUCUAAUGGAUAUAAUGGAUGCAGAAAUUGUAAAUAAAUCUCAUUCUCAUGCUCCUGAAUUUUCAUUACAAGCUCUCUCUAUUGUGUGGACUGUUAGUCAAACACCUACUUUAAUUGUUAAAUUUAAUUCCUUAUCGAAAAUUACGGAUAAGCGAAUAGUUACGCAUGAUGAAUACUUAUUAUUAUUACAAAAUGAUAACAAUUCCGUUUAUAAUUAUCAAUUAUUUGAUUUUAAUUCACUUCAUGAGACAUACUUGGUCAAGGGUCCCGAUUCUUCCGAUAAUGUCAUCGAUGAGGAAGCCACUUCAUCUGAUGAUGAUAUUGUUUCUUCGCAUGAUGUUGAAAUUGAGAAUUCCACGAAUCAUAUUAUCAUUGAAAAUAUUUUCAUAAAAAAGUUUUUGGGAGGAAUCUUAACAAUCAAAGAUCUAAACGAGAAUUCCACCGUAAGCCAAUUGAAGAAUAAAAUUUAUGAAGUCGAAGGAAUUUCACCGGAUGAUCAAUGUUUAAUUAUCGGGAACAUUUUCAUAAAAAGACUUUCCGGAGAGACCAUAACGUUUAGAAACAUAACGCGAAUACCUCCGUAA